AUGCCUCGCACACAGACCUUCAUCGCGGCCGCGGCCAUGCUGCUCUCCGUGGCGCGUGCCGACACCAUCACCAUCACCGCCAAGGCAGACAACACCUUUGAGCCCAACAACGUCCAGGCCGACGAGGGGGACAUGGUCGAGUUCCGCUUCGCGCGGGGCAAUCACAGUGUCGUGACCGGUCUUUACGAAUUUCCCUGCGCCCCUCUCGAUAUGGGCUCGGGCUUUUUCUCUGGCUUCGUGGACACGACGGACGAUGAGGCAGACAAGCUCUUCCGCGUGAGGAUCAACAACACGGAGCCCAUUGCCUUUUACUCGUCCGUCGAUGGCCAGUGUGCAGACGGCAUGGUGGGCAUGAUCAAUGCCGACGACGACCACACGCUGGAUGAUUACCGCAGCAGGGCCGAGGCCGUCGCCAGCAGUAUCUCGCCGAGAAAUGGCCCGUACGGCGGGGAGUUGGACAAUGUGAACGACAGCAAUGAGGAUGGCGAUGAUAGCAACGACAACAUGGACGACGAGGAGAACGACAACAGCAGUGGUAACGGCAACGGCAACGGUGAUGACAACGGCAAUGGCAAUGCGGCUGGUGCUCUUGGCGCCCCGGCAGCGGGCUUGAUCAUGGCUUCUCUGGGAUUCGCAGCUCUGCUGCUUUGA